CCAAUAGCUACCACUUUGCCUGCUGUCAGACUUCGGAGAGCAUGGAAGCUGUAAAGAAGCCAAAAGGGAAAUCAAAGACUAAGGUCCGUUCACAUCGCUGCCAACCUGGAGCAUCAGUGGUUGCACACAGUGAAGAAAUAAAAGACACUGAGGUUGACAUUAACAACCAACCGGUCAGUGAAGUGCAGGGUGAUGCUAAGGAUGCUGCCUCCCAUGACACUGGAUCUCUCACAGCUGAUGGCACAUCUCCAGAGAACACAGCGCACAGUGCUACAACAGACACUACGCAGCAGUCAUCAGGUGCAGUGGCUGAACUGGCAGAAUCCAUGGAGGCUACACACCUGCUGGAGACUGCUGCAGAUGCUGCUGUGUCAGUCAUUGCUCCAGGGCAGUCUGAGGACGCAGUGCCAGAGGAGCCCAGAGAUACUAUUGCUAAACAUUCCUCAGAUGCAUCAGAUGCAGUGCUAGGCCGGCAGGUGGAUGCAGUGUCGGACCAGUAUGUUGAUGCGGCACCUCAGCAGUCUGGAGCCACGGUGCCAGCUGGCGAGCUGGUGUCACUCUGCUCCACUGACGCCAGUGAGACGUGCGGCUCGCCGUUCACCACGCUCACCAUGCCAGCGGCAGUGGAGCGGCUGUACCCUGAGCUGGAGACCCCGCCGGCGGAGGCAGACGAGCGCUGCUCCUGGCCACAGGAGCAGGAGGAGCAGUUCGAGCCGUCAGCGCCGGCGGCCGACGAGGCCGUGCCCCUGGCGCUCACCGCCAGUCAGGUGUCUAUCUCCGAGGGACCGUUCUCGUUCGAGACGGAGCAGAAGGACCCGCUGUCGUUCCUGGGUCGUGAUGUUGUGCCGAUGACGGACGCCCAGCUGGCCGACUUCUACCACAACGAGGAGCUGCGCCGACGCGACGAGUACGCCGCCCAUUUUGUGUCUCAAUACGGGCCGUCGGCGCAGCCUGAUGACGAGCUGGCCUCUCUGCUGGAGGGGUACCGGCGAGCGGGCUCGGCACUACGUGCGGCCGCCCGACGUCAGGCGCAGCUGCACUCCGAUUACGAGUCGCGUCGGUCAAAGUGCUGGGAGCUGGUGCGGAAGACGGUGCGCGGUGAGGCCGAGUGUGACGAUGGUCGAACGCUGAGUGCUACACACGAGUUCCGCAGUGCGUCUCUGGACUCGGUGGCGCUACAGAGCCUGCGCGAGGCGCUGUCGGCGCUACGGCGUCUUCUCUAUGACGAGUACGGUCUGCACGCGUACAGCGUGCUGCUGGCGCGCCUGCAGGUGGAGACGUACCUCCACACGACCGUGGGUCGCCUACCGGAGGUGACCGCGCCGCCGCCGGCCGCUCCGCGUCUCCACUACGAAACCCCCGGCCAGGAGGCGGCGGCCGCGGCGCUGCGCGCCUGUUGCGCCGUGCUAUUCGCUCAGCAGCGGCGGCGUGCCGAGACCGUGUUCACGCAGCAGACGCGGCGCUGGCUGCUGCAGGUGGCGGCGCCGCUGCUGCGACUCGGCACCGUCAACGACCACCUGUUCGUGCUGCACCAGGCGCUGCGGUGUCCGAGCGGCUCGGCCGGCUGGACGGCGGCGCUGCUGCAGCCGCCGCGGCCCGACCUGCCGGCCGGCCUGGACCACGCGCUCACCGUGCUUGCCGCCCUGCUCUCCCCCGUCAGGGAGCGGGACAAGUUCCUCGUUCAUCUGCACGGCUCGGCGCCGGACCCCGAGCAGCGGGAGGACGGGGAGGACGAGGAAUGGGUCCUCCUCGAGGACGAGGACUCGGAGGCCGAGAAGACGGCCGGCUUCGUCAAAUUGCAGGAGGCCGACCUGGUGACUCUGUUCAACCAGCUGCCGUGGGGUGCCGUGGUGCGCCACCUGCUGCGGAUGGGUCGCGGCCCGGACGGCGGAGACGUGUAUAACGCGGCCGUCUCCAGUUCUUCCGACAUCCUGCGGCUGUUUGCCUGCGCCUCGCAGAUCAUCGGUCUGCUGGCGGCCGGACUGGCAGAGUACAGCGGCGCCGCGCACAAGCAGCUCAACAAACGGAUGUGCCACCAGCUGCUGCACCUGGUUCAUUACGUCACCGACCACUGGGAGAGCUACAUCAUGGCGUCGGCCGACGACAUGGCCACCCGGGGCCGGCUGAUGGUGGAGUACGACAGUUUCAUGUGCCGCUCGGCCGUGAGCGUGCUCUGCUCUCCACGUCUGGCCGUCUGGCACUUUCUGGCCAGUUUCCCGUUCGGCCGGCUGACAGCCCGCACCUCUUGGCGCCUGCUGUGGCUGUUCCACACGUCCGGACGGCCCCAGGAGACGGCAGACAUGCCCGCCGUGCCGCACGAUCAGGACGAUGUGUGGGCGGCGGAGAUUUUCUCUCCGACCUUCCACUCGCUGUUCGUCCACCAGCUGGUACACAUGAGUCAGUCCGAGGUGUACUUCCGACUGACGGCGCUGGCCAACAUGGCCAUGGCCCGCGACGCCAGGGAGAGGACAUUCAUCAAGGCGGUGACGCGAGAUCUGGUUCAGGUAUCUUUCGUGACACCGACGACUCGUGAGCUAUGCUCCCGGUCGGGCCGAGACCUGCUGGCGGCCACCUGCACCCGACACCCGUUCGUCAUCUCAUACGUGCUCUCGCUGACUCAGGAGAACCUGCACACCAUGGGAAAGAGCGCACUGUUCCUGUUCUCGGGCCUGCCGCUGGGCCUGUGGCGGCCGUCCGGCUCCGACCUGGCCCAAGUGUGCGCCUGGCUCACCGACCACGCCGUCGACUCGGUCGAGAGCGGUCUGGCGCAGCUGGUGCUCGCCCGGCUCGACUGGGACGUGCGUCCGUACAGCGGCCAGCUGACGCUGCCGGCCGAGUUUCACCGCCGCGCCGCGCUGGCGACAGUUGGAGCUCAGGCGGCGCGCGCGCCCGAGCUCAGCCGCGCGCCGGGACUGGUCGGCGAGGGGCGCAGACAGGCCGGCGCGCUGGCGGCGCUCGUGGCCGACAGCGCCGAGCGCAGGUUCCAGGACUGGGCGUGGGCACAGGUGGCGCGUCUGAAGCUGCACGCGGUGGAUCAGCCGGACGCGGCCGGAGGACGGACCGAAAUGAUGGCUCGGCUGCCGCGGCCCGAUGACCCGGAGGUGUCCGCUCUGGAGGAGGCACGCCGCCGGGACCAGCCGCUCGCCUGUUACGCCACACUGCUGAUGACCUCUGAGGGCCACAGUCUGCCUGCUCUGCACGGCAGCGGGCUGUCCCGGCUGGCCGGUCUGGUGAGCUGCGGCCGGCCGGCGGCCGUCGCCCACCUGCUGGAGGUCAUCCUGCCGCUGUUUGUGGGGAGCGCGGAGGAACUGUGUGCCGGCCCGCUGCCGUCCCUGCUGCAGACUAUCGUCUCAGCCGACCAGACCUACCUGCGGAUGAUGAAGCAGCUGGUGACGGCCAGCCAGCCGGGCCCGCUGAUUCUCCAAGUGGCUGGUGUGAUCGAGGGCCACGUCACCGCGCCGCGCUGCUACGGCCAGCCGUCGGCCGAGCCUCUGGUGGCGCUCUGGCUGCGGGCGCUUACAUGUCUGCCUGGCUGGAGUCGCGAGCCGGCGCUGCUGUACCUGCUCAACCAGCUGCUCAGAGCCGCCUUCUGCCGACCGCCGGCCCGAAAACGAGCCGAGAACAUCGUCUCCGAGCUGAUCGCGACGGAGAGCGGGGCGCGCCAGUCGGCUGGUCUGGCCUCGCUGCUCUCCUGGGUGUCUGGCGGCGCGCUGCAGCCGCUCCUGCCGGCUGCCUCGCUGCCAGAGGUGCCCUGGCUCGCCUGGUUCUGGUUGCGAGCCGAGACACGCGCAGAGGUGGACUCGGGACUGUGGCACGACCUGAUCGCCACCCUGUGCGAGGACCGCCGGCUGCCGCUCGACCAGGCGCUCAAGCGCGUGUGCAGCCAGCAGCGGCUCCCUCAGACACCCGUACAGCAACUGGCGCUGUACCGGUGGGCUCAGCAGGCGCUCGACACAGACCUUGACUGUCCGCUGCUGCCCGCCCUCUGGCAGCACUUCUUCAGCCUCUACCUGGCCAGGGUCUACGACGUCAACGGCCGUGACCUGGGCAGCGCGGGCGACCGGUUCAUGGAGGGACUGGUGAACGUGCAGUACAUGAAGCGGCUGAAGCGGCGACUGCAGGAGACGGCCGAACACUACACGACGCGCGCCGAGGAGGCCGGCACCCGCGAGGGGCACGUCAUUGACGGAGAGGUGGAGCAGCUCCAGCGGCUGGCGCGUCUGUUGGGCACGUUCUCGCUCUGGUUGGAGGAGCCGCGGCUACACCGUCCGGACGUCUCUCUACCGGACCUGCCGGCCACCUACAACCCCAGCAAGCUGAUCGAACUGCUCGAGAACGCUCCGCUGGGCGAGGUGUGGGAGGAGUACAUCAACUACUGGGCCGAGUCGCGGCUCAGCGACGCCUGCCUGCGUCAGCGGGUGGCCAGUCACCACGACCACCGGUCGGGAGGCGCGGCCGGCGGGGUGACGCCCGUGCGCAGUGACGACACGCCCGCGCACCGCAUCGUCAAACGUCUGCAGUCGUACGACGCCCGGGUCGGACCGCCGCCCCUACAGCGGUUGGACACCCCGGUGCCCCGGCAGACAGCGGCCAUGUUCGGGGGACCGGAGGCGGCGCUCGGCGCACUGCGACAGCCGUUCGCUGAGCUCGCUAAAUACGCCAGGCGGUUCACGUGCGAGUCUGCCGAGCACUCGUCGCUGGACGGCCAGUACCUGGAGCUGCUACCGGAGCUGUACACCAACGAGCUGACCCAGGUGGUGGAGAGGAUACGGUGCGAGCCGCCGGGCCGCGCCGCGCCGCCCGACCACCGCUGCUCCGGGCCGGCCACCGUCGUACUGGAGUGUGAGACGGCGCGUCUGGACGGCGGUGUGUAUCACCGGAUCGACGAGAAUCGCCAGCAGGCGGAGCGGCUGGAGCGGACGGCCAUGGCCGACCCGCCGCCGCCGCUCGGCGCCGCCGCAGUCACCAUCGAGACGUUCAUCAAGUCUUUGGUGCGGCGGUACCGGCAGGACGGUUCGUUCCCGACUCAGCUGCAGCGGAUCGGCUCCAGCCUAUUCCACCACGUGGUAAACGCCACCACUGAGGAGGCGCUCCAGUGUCCGGCCGUGGACCAGCUGCUCACCGCCUGUCUGCAGGUGCUGGGACAGACGUUCAUCCAGCAGCACCCGUCCGAGUGCGGUCCGCUGCUCGACCUGCUGCUGCGCCCCCCGGCCCGCGUUAGCUGUCCCACCGAGCGACUGGCUGAACAUUUCACCCCGGCGGCCGCCGACCCCGACACAUACGUCCGCCUGUACGGGACUGUGGUCAGGGUCGGCCGGGACAGGGCUGAGCUGAGCUGCCUGCUGCUUGACAGGUUCGGCCUGGAGUCGUGGCUGUCCUCGCGUCGUCCGUCACUCUCCCAGCGCUCUGCCCUCAUCUCCGCCCUGGUAUCCGCUCUGACCGAGCUGGGCGCGCACCCCGAGCGUCCUGACUGGUCGGCGCUACACGCGCUCUACCGGCGCCACCUGGACACGCUGCACCGGCACCAGUUUCCCGAGCACUACGGAGAGAUCCUGCAGCGUCUGCUAGACGCCAGCCGCGCCGGACAGCUCAGUCCCAUGUGCUGGUUUGACUUUGUCAACGUACUGGCGGCGGGUGUGGUCACAUUCACGCCGCAGAUGGAUGCAGUGCAGCGCAGGAGAGCGGUGGCGGCCCUGGCAGAGCGACCGGGGCCGCUGAGACCGCAGGAGGCGUUGGACACGUGCCGGCUGCUGUCGACGCGGCUGCUGCAGGAGCGGCUCGAGGCCGGCCUGUACGGCCUCUACCCGCGCUACAAGCUAUACACGGCACCCCUGGCAGCACUGCUCGGAUUGGUGGCCUCGGCGGCUGUCAUCGGCGCCAUUCAGAGAGACCGCGGGUCGCUCUCCGACAAACUGAUGUCGGAGCUGUGGUUCAUGCUGCGCGACACCUUCUGUCCGUGGCUGUGGCCGCUGCCGCUGUCCGACGGCCGGGUGCGCCAGCAGUGCGCCGGCUGGCUGCAGCAAUUGGCCGCCGACCGGCAGCACCUGGCCGCCUGGAUCCCUGGCGAUGGGCCGCACGCGCAGAUGAUGCUCGAUAUGUUCCUGCACUGCGUGCUGCUGCUGCAUAACACUCUGCCCGCUGGCCGUCCGGCGCUAUCCCACCUAUGGGAGCACUACUGCUCGGUGGUGGCGGUGCCGUCGGUACAGGAGCACGUGCGCGCCCUGGUGCAGGCCGAGCUGCUGACACUGCCCUGGGACCGGCUGGCGCCUCAGCUGCACGACACGGAGCGGAUCGCCCAGCUGCUGGAUGUGUACCUGCCCGAGGCACACUCGUUCACCGCGCAGGUCGUAGUGCAGCUACCUUGGAAGGAGGUCGUUGAGGCGUACGACCGCGAGAGUCCCACCGGGAGCGUACGACUGCACGCCUGUCUCUUCAACAUACUCAUCAAAGUGUCCUUCGAGCCGAAAAUACGACAGUCGGGCGCCCUGUUUCUGCUGCUGAGUCGAGCCGAGGCGUUCAGCUGGCACCUGCUCGACGCGGCCACCUACCAGCGCGUGCUCGGCUGGUACAUCAUGUCCUGUGACCCGGCCUCGGUGCUGGAGACAGAGGCCCGAGAACCCGUCGACGUGGCGCUCAUGGGAUUCCUGCAGGUGGCGGCUGGUCACGUGGCCUCUGCCGAGCGACUGCAUCCGGAGACGGCCAAGAAGCGUGCUGCCUACACCUCCGGCCUGGUGCGCAUGCUGGCCAACGUGGCGGCCACCAACAAGGCGCUAGUGAACUCUCAGAGACACGGCUUCACGCGGACGCUGCUGAGACUGCUGCGGGAGACGGAGGCCAUCGUCGGCCGCAUGUCUCCCGACGAGGGGUUCCGAGAGGCGGCGCCUCUGAUGCGCGAGCUCCUGCAGUGUGUCGGCUCGCGCACUCCGCCUCCUCUCCAGGACCUCUGCGCCGAGCGGCUCGUCAAAUGGGUGUCGGAGGAGAGCGGCUGCGUACUGCUCUGUCCCAUGCUCAGGGUAUCGGGGACCAUCGUACACGACAUGCGCCAUCUUUCCAACUUUUGGGAGGCCAUCAUUACGUCACUCUUCGCCAGGGAGUCGGGAGCCGAGUGGCCGGACCUGUGUCGACUGGCCGAGUUCCCCGAUCAGUCCGUGUCUCGGCUGCUGUCGACCAGUGUGGCGUCCGGUAACCUGCUGGUGGUACACCUGUACCUGCUGCAGCGCCGGGACGCCGACGCCGAGCCGGCGCCGCUGGCAGCCGCCGCCGCCGGCUGGGUGACCGAGGUCACCGCGCUAAGGGAGGCAGCCGAGCCAAAGCUGUGCCUGCUGCUGCACCAGACCCUGUGGCUGUUGGAGCGUCUGGCGGACGCCGGUCGGCUGCCCGAGCUGUGCCGGCACGUGCGGACGGUGGCCGGCGCGCUGCUGCUCUGGGGCGAGGACCGCGACAACAGCGGCCUGCUGGGAGCCAUCGGACUCGGCCGGCGCUCCACGCUGUCGCCGCAGUUCCGGCUGUUGUGCCGCGCACUGGCCGCCCUGCUGCUCUGUCAGCUGUGGACUGACGGCACUGUGACGCUGGAGCCGCGUCCCGCCGAGGCAGAGCCCACGGAUCGGCUCUCCAGUGAUAGCUCCUCGUCAGGCUCGGACAGCAAGUGGGGCCUGCCGCGCGGCCUCAUUCCAGAGGCGUACGCCGCGUUCGAGCGUCUGACGGCGCUCCGCUCGCGGCGCGAGUACGCCGCCCACCUGCAGAUCCUGGAGGAGGCCGUGGCCGACGUGCUGAGCACCACCACCACACUGCGCUCCUGCCGGAGAGUGCUGCGUGAUGUGGUGCGCCGCACCUACCAGGAGCGCUGCCUGCACCAGCUGCUGUGACCAGAGCGCUGUCUGUAACAGCUGCUGUGACCGGGGCACUGUCUGCACCAGCUGCUCUGACUAGAGCGCUGUCUGUGACCAACUGCUGUGACCGGGGGCACUGUUUGCACCAGCUGUCUGCACGAAUUUGCCUACACCCACUGUUGUGAAGCUGUCUUUGGCAGCGUUUCGUUAUUUGAUUCCCGAGUGGAAUUUGCCAGUGUGAGAGAUAGCCAAUGGAUCUCUACUGCCUGUGACCUGAGAGCUGAGUUGGUGAGAAAACGUUAGAGCCGGUGCGAGUUAGAACCCGGCCGAACCGAACCGGACCUACGGAUGCCAGUUUUAACUGUGAUAGUCCGGUCAGAGAGGCGGCGGGGACCCUUACGAUUCUAGUCGGCCGACCAUGGCUGCCGGAUAGUGUUCUAAUCAACACUACCUGGCCAGAGGGAUCCAGGCCUUUAUCGGAUGAUAGUGAGUGUGCUGCUGACAGUAUGGGUAAAUUCAACAAUGCUUUCUACUGCACAACAUGGUAUAUUGGCCGGUGAGCUUGAUCAGUAUUGUCUAUGCAAGUGUAUGCGCCAGAAACGCGGUGUGAAUAUAUAUAUCUAAAAUGAUAUGCUUAUGGGUACACUGUCGAUAGCCUUGGUUUAAUUUAAUGAUCACUUAUUCCAUGCUUAUGUGCUGUCAUUUCACCAUAGCAAUAUGUGUUGUGUGAUUUCUGUCGCGUUUCUCAUGGUAGUCAUUUGUACAACUGUGCGACCGGGCCGGUGAAUGGGCCCCAGUAAUGCGACGGCUGCUAGCGACUGGCCCAGACUGGCGCGGUGGUUGUGCCGAAUUAUCGCCGUUCGCUGGCGUCACGUCAUGCCGGAGGCGGCCGUUUCGCUGCCCGCCUCCUGGGGAGGGGCACUGAGCCCGACUGCCCCCCCCCCCCCGUCCCCGCCGCGGGGGUCGGGGCAGCCGUUUUCCGCAUAUGUCUUGUGUAUUUGUGAUUGUCCAUGGGGAAGUGCAUUAAUCUUCGUAAAGAGCUUUCAGCGGUGAGUGUGCACCGGGACUGCGCUGGCGGUGCGCGGGGUAACGCUGCCGACUAUAUUGUGGUGUAAGUACCGUUGGACCGAUGGGGGCUGUAUGGAGUUAUUGACCCGGGGUCUGUCUGACGCUCGGCCCGCCGCACUGGGCACAGCUACACGCAGUAAUUUUGUGUGGUUGCAUGAUACAGAAUUUAUACACAUGUCUACAUUUG